GUGCUCCUGACCCCACUGCUGGGGCCAGCAUUGACGACGAGAACUGCUGGCACUUGGAUGAGGAACAGGUUCGAGAGCAGGUGAAGCUGUUCCUAUCUCAGGGAGGGUACUACGGCUCGGGGAAGCAGCUCAACUCCAUGUUUGCCAAGGUCCGGGAGAUGCUGCGCAUGAGGGACUCCAAUGGGGCCAGGAUGCUGACGUUGAUAACGGAGCAGUUCAUGGCCGAUCCUCGGCUCUCCCUUUGGAGGCAGCAGGGAACGGGCAUAACGGAGAAGUGCCGGCAGCUCUGGGAUGAGCUGGGGGCACUGUGGGUGUGCGUGGUGUUAAACCCACACUGCAAGCUGGAAGAGAAAUCCUGCUGGCUCCGGCAGCUGCGCAAGUGGGGCGAGAUGGACGUCUGUCCCCUGGAAGAUGGCAAUUACGGUAAUGAGCUUCCCAACAUCACCAACGCGCUUACGCAGAGCUCCGGUCACAGCCAAGACUCGCUGGCCAGGCCCAGACGAACCGUGUUCACCCGUGCGAUCGAGGGCUGUGACCUCCACUGGCAGGACAGCCACCUGCAGCGCAUCAUUAGCAGUGACUUCUACAUAUCUCCCUCCUACCAGCGGGAGGGCGAGAGCCUCCUCUUCAACUCCCAGGGGCAGCCACUGUGGCUAAGGGAGCACGUCCCAACAGCCUGCGCUCGGGUGGAUGCCCUGCGCUCCCACGGCUACCCCAGAGAAGCUCUCCGACUUACUGUUGCCAUAAUCAACACCCUGCGACUGCAGCAGCAAAGGCAGCUGGAAAUAUAUAAGCAUCAGAAGAAAGAGCUGCUGCAGAGAGGAGCAACAACCAUCACCAACUUGGAGGGCUGGGUAGGCCACCCUCUGAACCCCAUCGGCUGCCUCUUUCUCACCUUGACUGAAGCUUGUAGAUUAGAAGAGGAAAAUUGCCUUGAAAUUUCAGAUGCCGGGGACUCCAAACCCCCAGUGUAUCAACAUGUGCCCGUCAUGACCGGCAGCCAAGACAGUGGCGAGUCCUACCUGUCCCUGGCCUUAGAGGUGGCCCUGAUGGGGAUGGGUCAGCAGAGAGUGAUGCCUGAAGGUCUCUAUGCCCAGGACAAGGUGUGCCGCAACGAGGAGCAGAUUAUUGCCCGGCUGCAGGACCUGGAGCUGGACCCGGUGCUGGUGCAGACCCUGCGGAAGCAGUGCAUCUUGCUGCUGGAAGGUGGUCCCUUCAGCGGCUUGGGAGAAGUCAUCCACCGUGAGAGUGUCCCCAUGCACACCUUUGCCAAAUACCUGUUCUCUGCCCUGCUGCCCCACGAUGCAGACCUGGCGUACAAGCUGGCUUUGCGGGCCAUGAGGUUGCCCGUCCUGGAGACCACGGCACCGUCCGGCGAUGUGACUCACCCCCACCACCUGGUCUCUGUGGUCCCCAGCAGAUACCCACGCUGGUUCACGCUGGGGCACCUGGAGUCACAGCAGUGCGAGCUGGCCUCCACCAUGCUCACGGCAGCCAAAGGGGACAUGCUGCGCCUACGCACGGUGCUGGAGGCCAUCCAAAAGAACAUCCACUCCUCCUCCUUGAUCUUCAAGCUGGCCCAGGACCCCUGUGGGGCAGCCGGUCACCCCAAGUUUGCCUUGCAGGUGAUGCGCAUGACCUUGUCCACUCUCAACUGGCGGCGGCGGGAGAUGGUGAGGUGGCUGGUGACGUGCGCUACCGAAGUGGGUGAGUGCCUUGCCGUGCCGGAGGGGGGAUCCGGCCCUCAUGUGGUGGGAGCGGCGUUGGGCAUGGAGAUCCUAGGGUCAUCGGAGCUCUCCUGGGACUCCAGUUUCUUCCUGGUGGCCCUGCAGUGCGCCAUGAAGGACCCACAGAACUGCGCCCUGUCUGCCCUGACCCUCUGCGAGAAGGACCACAUCGCCUUUGAGACUGCCUACCAGAUCGUCAUCGACGCCGCCUCCACGGGCAUGACCUACACCCAGCUCUUCACCAUUGCCCGCUACAUGGAGCACCGGGGCUACCCACUCCGGGCAUUCAAACUGGCCUCGUUGGCCAUGACGCAUCUCAACCUGGCCUACAACCAGGACACACACCCGGCCAUCAACGAUGUGCUCUGGGCCUGCGCCUUGAGCCACUCUCUGGGCAAUGAGCUGGCAGCCAUCAUCCCGCUGGUGGUGAAGAGCGUGCAUUGUGCCACAGUGCUCUCGGACAUCCUUCGCCGCUGCACCAUGACAGCCCCAGGGCUGGCCGGCAUCCCCGGCCGCAGGAACUCGGGGAAGCUGAUGUCCACCGACAAAGCUCCCCUGAGGCAGCUGGUGGACGCGACGAUAAGCGCCUACAUCACCCACUCCCGGCUCACCCACAUCAGCCCGCGGCACUACGGGGAGUUCAUCGAGUUCCUCAGCAAGGCCAGGGAGACCUUCCUCCUGGCACAGGACGGGCACAUACAGUUUGCCCAGUUCAUUGACAAUCUCAAACAAAUCUACAAAGGCAAGAAAAAACUGAUGUUGCUGGUGCGGGAACGGUUUGGGUGA